GAUAAUUAAUUUUUUUUUCCCACUAAAGCUCACAGUGCAAUUAAAAUUUCAGAUACUCAAAUAUUUGUAUUUGGAGGUUUUAAUUAAAAAAAGUAAUGUACAGAUACUUCCAUAAUAAUAAAUGUAGAAACUCGAAAAGUAUCAUUAUAUGAAACUAGAGGGUAAAAACCUAAUCCUAGAGCAUUGCACAAAAUGCUUCCAAUAAAAGAAAAUGUAGUGUGUCUUUUUGGAGGAAUAAGUUGUCCUGAAGAUGCUAUAAAAAGCUUAACAGCUACAUAUUUGAAUGAUUUUUAUAUUUUAAAUUUAAAUGAAGGCUAUUGGUCUCGUCCAAAUGCAGGUGGAUAUGUUCCAGCUCCUAGGUAUUCGAUCUCUAUUGCAUCUAAUUAGAGUGAAGUUUAGGGGGAAAUAAUAUUAUUAGGAGGUAGGACUUUAGAAAGCAUAGGGGAUAAUAAUAUAUAUAUAUUAACUGAGGUGGAUGCUUUUGAGGACGAAAUAUGGGGUUUGAAGUGCAAAGAAAAAAAUUAAUAUGAAGCUUUUAAAGAACUUAUAAAGAAAAAUAAAUAGGCUACAAAUAUUUCAUUAAUUAAUUUGGAGUUUAAUGAAGCUGAAAAAUAUAUUUUCGAAUAAUAUAUUAUCUGGAAUAGUUAAUAAUGA